AAUUGUUUGUUGUACAGAAAACAUAGAACUUAUCGAAUUUGACAACAAAAUUGAAUGUUUAAUCUAAUAUUGAAAAGUUUUUUGGAUCAUUUUAUUUGUUUAUGGCUGAGGUGGAGGCGGCCGAUUUUGAAACAGCCAUCGCAGAAUGCGGUUUUGGACUCUUCAAUGUGUUCAUCCUGAUCUCAUCUGUGCCCUGCCUAACGGCGAUGGUAUUUUCUGCGGCCACACUGUCUUAUGUCAUGCCCUCAGCGGAGUGUGAUCUGAAAUUGUCUUUAUUGGAUAGAGGAAUGCUGAAUGCAGCUACCUAUGCUGGCAUGAUUUUCUCGGCCAUACCAUGGGGCUUCAUUGCUGAUACGAUGGGUCGUCGUGUGGUAUUGAUUUGUGGCGGUUGGCUUGAUGGUUUCUUUGUUCUUUGUGCCGCCUUUAGUCAGGACUUUUUGCAGCUAAUGGUGUUUAAAUUUAUCGAUGGUCUGAUAAUUUGUGGACCAUUUGCUGUGGUGGUCAGUUAUCUUGCUGAGUUUCAUGGUAAAAAACAUAGAGCGUACGUAAUGCUAUUUGUUGGUCUCAGUGUCUCUGUGGGAGCCAUGAUCUUACCCCUAAUGGCAUAUUGUCUCCUGCCGGUGCAUAUAUUUUUUAAUGUAGGCCAGUUGCAGUUUCAUACCUGGCAAAUAUUUAUUGCUAUCACUUCAUUGCCUAGCCUUUUGAGUGGCUUUUUGCAUAUGUUUCUUCCCGAAAGUCCCAAAUUUUUGAUGUCCCAAGGUAACUAUAACAAAGCUCUGAUAUCCUUACAGCGUAUUUAUGCGCUCAAUAACCGCAAAAGUCGUGAUAGCUAUCCGGUGAAGAAGCUGACCGAUGCCACACCAGAUCGCUCAGAUGUUAUAAAUAAUCCAAAUCCAAGAAGAUCGAGACAGGAACGAUAUAAGUUGGCAAAGAAAAAGUUUUGUGAUGGACUCAUGCAGCUAAGACCAAUGUGCUCUAGUCCAUUCUUGGGCUUAUCAAUUCAGGUGUACUGUCUUCACUUUUGUCAGAUUAUGUGUGUGAAUUCGGUUCGACUGUGGCUGCCUCAAAUUUUUGCCACCAUGCAUACAUUUCGGAUCAGAGGAAUGAAUGAUACCAGUAUGUGUGCAGUUAUGGAUCAUAAUACGCAUGGCAGGCCAAUUGACACGAAGUCGAUGGAGGAGGAAUGCGAUAUACAUCAGGAUCCGGAUAUGUAUAUAGAUAAUAUUGUUGUUGCUGCAGUGGGAUUGGCUGGUUUUAUCUUGAUUUUCCCCUUUUUGCGAAUAGCAAUAGUGGCCAACCACAUAUUGAAGGUAUUUCUUUUUCUAUCAACAUUCUUGGUUGGUGGUCUGUACUUCUCAAAGACCACGCUAACGACUCUGAUAUUAUCCUCGAUUUACCUGACUAUGAUGGGUGUUUGUGCUACGACAAUUAUCAGCAUGUCCGUUGUGAUAUUUCCCACAUUAAUGAGAACUAUGGUACUGUUGUUGAUCAUGACAUUCGGACGCCUGGGAUCCGUUGUUGGCAAUGUUUUACUGCCUAUAUUUAUGCAAAUCAGUUGCAUUGCUCCAUUUCUAUGGCUGUGUACUUUAAUGACAAUUGCAUUCACAAUUUCCCUGUUUUUAAAGGUGGACGUGCAGCAAUCACUAAAUUAGAUUUCAAAUAAAUUUAGGAUUAAAAAAAAUCAUCUGUUUAUAUUCUUUGUUGUAAUAUAAAUCUCAAAUCCUCAUAUUAAUCAA